CACGCACUUACAAACGCGUGCUUGGCAAGUGCACUCUCACCAACGCAUGCAUGGCGACGUAUUACUCCAUGCAAAGCAAAGGGAUUUGUAAAGGUCUCCAUGCCAAGCAGCCAAGUAUGUACUUGACCAAGAAUGCAUUGGUCCAAGACACCUCUGAACGUCCAAUCUGCCGGUCCGUGAUCCAGCAUUGAAGCGGAACCGGAAACCGGAAGUGGAGGCUGCGAGUCACCAGCCUUCGACCUCCAACAUUGGCAACGCAGUGCCGGAGCACCGUCCGCAGUCCGACGUGGACCGAGUCUCCAACUGCUUCCGCCAAGGCGUGGUCUGCUGCGACCCACCGUCGUUUCUCGCAGUGAGAGGGAUCCGGUCGUUCAACCAGUGUGUCGGCGAUCUUGACGAAAACAGACCUGAGGGGGAUUCCUCAUUCCCAAACUCAAAAUGGGUCACGACUGUCCAGUUUGCGGCAAAAAGAAUGAGUUCGCGUCCAAGCUGGUUGUGCACCUGCGGACCCACACGGGGGAGAAGCCUUUUGAGUGCAGGGUUUGCAACAAGAAGUUCAGCCAACGUAGCCAGCUCAAACCGCACCUCCGAAUCCACACAGGAGAGAAGCCCUUCGAGUGCAAGGUUUGCAACAAGAAGUUCACGGAAAGUGCCAGCCUCAGAGUGCAUCUCCGGACCCACACUGGGGACAAGCCCUUUGAGUGCACGGUUUGCAACAAGAAGUUCAUCCGUGGUGGCGACCUUAGAGUGCAUCUCCGGACCCACACUGGGGACAAGCCCUUUAAGUGCACGGUUUGCUACAAGAAGUUCGCCGAAAGUGGCAGCCUCAGAGUGCAUCUGCGGAUCCACACAGGAGACAAGCCCUUUGAGUGCACGGUCUGCAACAAGAAGUUCACCAUAAGUGGCAGCCUCAGAAAGCAUCUCCUGACUCACACAGGAGAAAGGCCCUUUAAGUGCACGGUUUGCAACAAGAAGUUCAUCCAAGGUAGCGAACUCAGAGAGCAUCUCCGGACCCACACAGGAGACAAGCCCUUUGAGUGCACGGUCUGCAACAAGAAGUUCACCAGAAGUGGCAGCCUAAGAAUGCAUCUCCGGACCCACACAGGAGACAAGCCCUUCGAGUGCACGGUUUGCAGCAAGAAGUUCACCGAAAGUGGCCAUCUCAGAAAGCAUCUCCGGAUCCACACAGGAGACAAGCCCUUUGAGUGCACGGUUUGCAGCAAGAGGUUCUGCCAAAACUCUCAUCUGAAAAAGCAUCUGCGAACCCACACUGGAGGACACGAUUUGAACAUCCAGUUGGCAAAUGGGAGUUUAGUCAUCUUGCAAGAUGACAGCAGUCUCAACUGCGCAUUCUCGUUGAGGAAAAACGGUAGGCUGAAUUUUUCGGAAGACGAUUACUUAAGCGGCAGGCGUAAGUGUACCGGUUGAGACUGUUCGCGAGGCGCAUAAUUAAGAUACUUAGUCCGAAUUUGUUUAAUGUAAGGAAAACUAUCCGUGUCUCAAUCUCUUGUCAUUUACAAGCUUAUAGUUUUUUUUCAUUGUUAGAUGUAAAAUGGGAAGUCAUUUUGAACAAUUGGACUGGGCUCUGGAAGUCUUAAGCCCUAAUUUGAAAAUGAUUUUAUUUCCGAUUCGAAUACAUGACAAUAUGUGAAUUUGACUUUCCGUCUCUGAAAUAUGACUCGUUUGUUUUAAGGACGCUUCCGUUGAUCUUUGGAAGAUGGCAUGGAUUGAUUGAUUCUGGUCAACGAUUCAUAAGUUUUCUCUCAAUUUGACUCUGUUGCACGUUUAAUGAUGUUACUUGUAUGCACUACUGUUUUUGCCUCUAUAUUGAAUAAAAAAGUAUUAUUGACGUGUCCA